UGAUGACUUUGGACACUCGCUUCACUUUGAUAGUGGUACUGUUCUCCAGCCAUGGCUCGGCUUUCUCUGGCUGCGUUGCUUCUGUGUGCGCUCCAGGCUGUUGCUGUGGGGAUAAUGUGCUGGCCUGGUAUGCCUGAUAUAAGGAAAGGCAUAAAAGAAAAUACAGACUAUCUGGGAAAGGCUGUUACCUUUAUUUCUCCACAAUCCAAUAAUGACAACAAGGAUAUUAUCUACUCUCUGGAAGGCAUCGGUGCAAACCAGUAUCCCUUCCAUGUGUUUGUAGUUGACCCUGAAUCUGGAGCAAUCCGUUUGACUCAAAAGCUUGACAGGGAGUACAUCUCUUUGUACAAUCUAUCCGCUAUUAGCAAGUACAGAUAUAGCAGGGUGGCACAAAAAAUCAACAUCUAUAUCAGAGUUUUAGAUGAGAACGAUAACCCUCCAGUGUUUGGAAUCAUCCACCCUGGGGUGGUGAAUGAGCUCAGCGCUGCAGGCACUCCAGUUAUGAAAUUAACUGCAACUGAUGCUGAUGAACCAGGGAAUGAGAACUCUCAGAUUGCCUAUUCCAUCAUCAACCAGAAUCCAGCUCAUGACAUGUUCUACAUUACCAGUGAUGGGACCAUCUAUGUCAGAGAUUCUGCCCUGGACAGAGAGAAAGAAAGUCAGUACACCUUGACGGUGAAAGCACAGGACUUAAAUGGCAAACCAGAAGGAAACAGUGCAACUGGCACUGUUGUCAUUAAAGUGGAAGAUGUGAAUGAUCACCUCCCCACACUGGAAAAAGAGGAGUAUGAGGGCAGCAUUGAGGAGAACACACAAGGUGUGGAGGUGAUGAGAUUAAAAACAGAGGACCUUGACCAGAAGGGCACAGACAACUGGGAAACUAUAUUUGACAUUGUUAAAGGCAAUGAGGCAGGAUACUUCAGCAUUAAAACAGAUCCCAAAACCAACGAAGGGAUCCUAAUGCUCGACAAGGCUGUGGAUUAUGAGGACGUGAAAAACCUUGAACUGGGAAUAGGUGUGAGAAACAAAGCACCAUAUAUUGGACCUGUGGGAAUUAGUGGAACUAGUAUACAUUUCGGAGGGGGAGGAGGUGGAGCAAGUGGAGCAAGUGGAGGAGGAGGAGGAGCAUGGGCAUCUGAGGCUUCAUCUGGAGGAUCAUCAUGGCAAACUGGAUCCACAUUUAAAACUUAUCCAAUCAAAAUCAACGUGAAGAAUCAACCUGAGCCGCCCAGUUUUGAGCCUAAAGUCAAAGCUAUUCCCAUCUCAGAGGGAGGCCACACCAUCAACAUUAAAGAUGUUAUUGCCAAGUAUCCUGCAAUAGAUGGAGACACUGGAAAACCAGCAGAAAAUGUCAGGUAUAUUAAGGGCUCGGACCCUGGCAACUGGCUAACCAUCGAUCCAAACACAGCUGAGAUCAAACUGAACAAGAUGCCUGACAGAGAAUCUAGUUUACUGGUUAAUGGGACAUAUUUUGCUGAAGUACUGUGCAUUUCAGAAGACAUGCCUGCUAAAACAGCCACCGGCACCGUAGCCAUCCAGGUGGAAGAUUUUAAUGACCACUGCCCCACCCUGACCAGUGACUUCCAGACUAUGUGUACCACAAGUGACUCUGUAAUUGUGAAUGCUAAAGAUGAGGAUUUCUUCCCUAAUGGACCUCCUUUCCACUAUGUCAUCAUCCCAGAGGGCACUGAAGGGAAAUGGCAGGUGGAGCAUCUCAAUGACACUGCAGCUAUCCUGAGGGCCUAGGAGUCCAUGUGGCCUGGUACCUAUGAGGUGGAAUUUCUGGUGAAGGAUGCGCAGGAACAUCAUUGUGCAGAACCACAGAAAGUGAAGGUCCAAGUUUGUACCUGUGAUGAUGGAGUGGUGUGUGGAAAAAGAGGUGCCAAUGGUCAAUCCAGGAAAGGAGCAGAGUUUGGACCUGCAGGCAUCGGACUGCUACUCCUGGGCCUACUGCUCUUACUACUCAUUCCUCUGUUGCUACUCUUCUGCCAAUGCGGGGGGUCUGCAGGCCUCCCAGGGGGCUUUACUGAGCUGCCUUUUGAUACCAAAUCACACCUCAUUAACUACCGCACUGAAGGCCAAGGAGAGAACACGGAGGUGCCACUUCUGAACCUGCCAACACAAAUGGAUGGAGCAUUAAUAGAUAUGGGCAUGGCUAAGCAAAGUUCAAUGGCGCCCAUGGGAGGAUUUGAUUUCCAGAAAUCUGUCACUUCCAUGGAUGGGAUGAAUGGGGGAACUUAUCAUGAUGGUUUUACAAGUGUCUAUAGAGAAGGGACGUUUGGGAUGAUGAACCAACCAAGUGGCAGUGGCUUCUACAGAAGUGGAUUUGAACGCAGAGAAUCAGCAGAAGGUGGAGAAGUUUAUAAUGGCAUGGCUUUACCAGAUCAGUUCCUUAGACAGUACUACAGUCAGAAGGUGGCCAGUGGAAAUAAGAACCUUGGAGUGAAGGAUAGUCUUUUGGUUUAUGACUUUGAGGGCCAGGACUCCUCUACUGGCUCAGUGGGCUGCUGCAGCCUCCUGGAGUCUGACAAUGACCUGCAGUUCCUUGAUGACCUGGGGCCAAAGUUCAAGACCCUGGCUGAGAUGUGCGGAGGCAAGAAGAUCUCAACUGAGGUCAAACAAGUUUUCAGUCCUCCGCCCAGUACUUCCAUUAACACUCAGAGCACAGUGUCAAAUGUGGUGACUACCCAACAGCUGCCCCCUCCACCCCAGCCUAAGCCGACUGUCCCCAAAACAGAGCACACUGUGAUCAGGGAGACAUCUGAGCGUUCUCAGAUGGUGAAGGAUAGCACAGCCACGGUGAGGGAAGGGAAGACCACAUUGAAGAAAGGAAUGACAAAUCAAGGCCAGAUGUUCCUGCUACAGCAGCAGCCCGUCUACUACACCACCACCCCAGUGCUUCAGCCAAUGCAGUAUGUAGUCCAGCCACAGGUUCAGAACACCAUGGUGCUGGCUGAGGCACCAGCCACCAACCUGCAGGGCAUGGUACUGGUUAACGGCACCCAGACCGGACCUGCCCAAGGUAUGGUCGUUCAGGGACAGACAAUGAUAUCCAAUGGACAAGUCCAGGGUCCGAGCAUGAUGCUGGUGGACAGAAGCGGGGUCCAGGGGGGUGGUGUCAACCUGAUUCACACUGGCAAUCUCUCUGGCUCACAGACCAUGAUGGUCGUAGAAGGAAAGGUCCCUACAGGGUCAAUGAAAGUGCUGAAAGGGAACCAGACCUGCUACGUGCCAGGAGGCAUCCUACAGCAGGGAGGGAUUUCAGGAUCUCAGGGAGUCUUGGUGCUUGGAGGACCAAUAAGCAACGGGGUGCAGCUGAUCCAGGAGACAGGAGAUCCACUGGAUCUCAGAACCACGUGGUGGGUUCAUCUACCACCACAGUGAAAACAACACCUAUCCACCACAAGUUGGUGGUGCAGGAGACAAGAGAAAUUCACUGAGGGUGUGACUGUCAGGACAACAGAGAACUUUUUCAGUGCUAAUAAAACUGUUCCUCUGGCCUGGUCUAGAUGGUGAUGGGAUGCUUGUGGACUAAUGCAAGACAGCUAAUGGAGUGAUACUGCUUCCUUUAAGUUUGACAAAAAUUUUGUCAAUGACUUUACCCUGCCCCACAUUUCUACUGCUAUGAAGGUGGCUCAAAAAAAGCACUGCAGCACAAUUAUCUCCAGACAUCCCCUUCAACUUUUUUUGGAAUGUAUUUCAUACAAACACUUUAUUACUUUUUAAAGUUGGUACAUUCUUAUGUUAUGUUUAAUGUAGGGUUACAGUUAGAUGCUGUCUGUCUGUUGUUUUGCACAAAAAACAAAAGUAAUACAAAAAAUAUUGGAACAUGCUGUUUUUUGGGAAACAAUUUUUUGCUGUGGAUUUUCUUGCUAUAUAUGUAUGUCUGCCCGUUGUCAUCACAAAUGGGCUUGUGUCUUCCAUAUUUUUAAACAGGGACAUGAGAGUCUUGCUAGUUAUAGUCAGGAUUCCACUUUAACCUUUUGCUGCAGCUUGCAGAUGGAAUAUAAAUGUUCUUGGAGAACAUGGGAGACAUCCACAAUAAAUAAAUAAAUAAAAAUACUUGGGUAUCACUGUC